AUGCGAACGAAAAUGGCAUUGUUAGAUGCAGCUGCUAAGGAGAAGAGAAGAAAGGCCGAGGCUUCAGAUAGACAACAGAGGCGAUCAAUGAUGGAGGGAAUAGCAUUUCAAAUGAGAGAAUCACCUAAUGUUGAAUCUAGUUCAUCUCCAGAAGCUUCUAAUAACACACAAGAAGAAGGUACUGGUGUUUUUAAUCGACGAACCAAACAAUACCCUCUUUCGACCUUGAAUCCUGAACAAGUAAAGGAACGUGUUAGUAAAUUUGGUCAUUUAAAAUCUAUAAGCUAUGUGCAAGAUGAAGAAAUGAAUAAGCUUAGAUGCGACAAUGGCGGCCAUAGAUGGCAUUUAUGGGGUGUACCCGACGAUAUAGUAUGUGGAUCAGUGAAGACUGGUACACUAUAUACACGUCCACGUAGACAUGCCAGAGUUUGUGCAAUAGUCGGCUGUGCAAGAGAAACAAGGAAGAUGUGCGUGCGCUGUCGCGUGAGGUUAUGCAAGGAAUUAAUUCAAGGCAGAAACUAUAACUGCUACCAGCUCUUCCAUACGCCAUCCUUCAAAGGCGAUAUAGAUGAGCGGUGCUGCGAAAAAUAA